AUGACUGCACCGUUUGUCGCGGUGGCUGGUGCCUCUGGCGGUCUGGGCCAGCUUGUUGUGAAGGAACUGAUCAAACGGGGUGUGGCUGUGAAGGCCCUCGUCCGCCCCAACACCGACCCAUCGCGCACCGACAACCUUCGGAAAGCCGGCGCCACCGUUGCGCCCAUCGAUCUCUCCGCCAUCCCCGCUCUCACCCGUGAAUUGAGUGGAGCGAUUUGCGUUGUCUCCACACUGCAGGGACUCCGAGAUGUUAUUCAAAUCACUCAGGGAAAGCUCCUCGAAGCCUCCGUGGCCGCCAAGGUGCCCAGAUUCAUCCCAUCCGACUUCUCCCUUGACUUCACCAAAACAAAGCCAGGUUCAAACCGCAACUUGGACAUUCGCCGCGAGUUCCACGCCCAGUUGAGAAAGUCGGGCAUCGCAUGGACUAGUAUCCUUAAUGGUGGCUUUAUGGAUCUCAUGGUCGGUGACUCGCCAAUGAUCAACCACAAGAAACAUAUAGUUGCGUAUAUCGGAUCCACGACGCAGCUUCUUGAUUUCACGACCAUGGUGGAUACGGCUGCGUAUACGGCGGCUGUGGCCAUCGACCCGAAUCCUGCGCCGAACUUCCUUCGAAUCGCUAGUGAUACCAUUACCGUGGAGGAUAUCGCUCAGGCACAAAGCAAUGUUGAAGGUGUGACCUAUAAGCCGUCUUGGAUCGGUACUGUGGGCUCUAUGGAAGUCAUGAUUCGUGUUAUGCGAUUCUUUGGCGGCGAAAACGAUAUCUUCCCUGCUUGGCAGGGUAUGCAGUACAUGGUGAACAUGUUCUCCGGUGCUGGAAAACUGGAUCCUAUUGACAACAGCCGGUAUCCUGAAUUGGUCUGGACCAAGGUCGAAGACUUCUUCCGGCAGAACAAGGACAAGAAGUGA